UGAACGGCCCUUGGCAUCCUUGAACAGUCGUCGUUACUGGUGGCCAAGACAGCAUGCAACCCAGCCACGAUCAUAUCGACCGUCUAGCGGCUCUUAUAUCAACUAUGUUAAUUCUUCCGCCAAGUCACACAAUUCUCUGAAAAUGGGCCCGUACACAACGAUAAAAGAACGCUCAAGACGACUCGUACUGUAGGUAAAGCCAAUCCUUUCGCGGCAACUAGUCGAACGACAUGCCUGGAAAAGAAGACCGGCACUACUAUCUCUACGGGUACGGCAAGAAACCGGAGCAACUGCGUCUUGGUCACCUGUGCUUUGGAACAUAUGCCACAGCUACAGAUGAUUCCCUGUGGUAUUUUCCUGGUGAGGAGCUUAGCCCAGAUGAACUUGAAAAAUGCGCAUAUGUGGUUAACAUUGACAACCAGCUGUUUGGGACGGACCCGUCCAUGAAGCUAUCGGCCGAUAUCAAUGCGCUCGAUCUCAUUACGUUGGGAUCCUCCUUUCAAAAAUCACGCAUGACAUUCUUGUACGCAAAAACAGGACGCAAGAUUGAGCUGCAAGAUCCCCGGGCAUUCCUCGACGAAAGGGUAUUGACCAAGGACAAGUGCAAAAAAACUCUCGAGAGGUGGCUCGUCGUGGCCAACCCUAGCCUCAAGACAAUCUUCACCAGCCCGAAGAUUUGGUACCUGACAGGGCUUUACGAACUGCAAGACACCUUGAGUUUUAGUACCGCCAAAAGCACAAUUGGGGCCCGAGGUGGCAUAUCGGCCGACGUACUUGCGCUCCUUGGGGCACCUGUAGGCGCCCGUGCAGACGCCGAAAAUGCCAAGUGCCAGAUCCAAAGCGUACAGAUCAAGGAGCCACUUGUAUGGGCGGCAAGGUAUCAGCUGCUAGAUGCGAAGUAUCUGUAUCUUAAAAAGGACAAAGCUUUGCCUCAAAGCCUGGUGUGUCUUGGGCCCAAGGCAUUGUAUUCCAACGACUUUCGAGGCGAGGGAGAUAAUGCGAACUACGCUGAGCUUUCCCUCCUUGAGCCUGGACAAGAGUCCAUCUCAGACGGCCCAGUCAGAGAUGCUGAGGAGUAUUGGGAAGAAAUCAAAAAGGCACAACACAAAUGGGAAAGAAGGGAAAAGAGCAGGAAUUCCCCAAUCUAGGCUAGUUGUACUCUGGCCAUUGCAGUACAUAUCUUGAGUUUCUGCAAGGACGAUUGUCGGGGACUAAGUACCUUGAUUCCUCCACCGUUACCAUGUGCCAGCAAGCUAUUACUUCUCGGCCCAUUUACAAUGUGCUGACUCCUGCACUGUAGACGCAUGAAUGAGAUAUGAUCGGAGAAAAAUGAAGGCUCUUGUUACACAUACUAGUUGAAAAAAGGAAUAAGAAAAAAAAAGGAAAGAAAGCGACUCCAUAAUACGGAUAAUUAGUCUUCAGGCAAUAGCUUCCAGCUAGGUUGAUAAAUCUCGAGAGUUAAGCAAAGACAAGCCGCAGAAUGAAACCUACUUCUUGCUUACCUU